AUGACUGAGAAUGAGAAUGAGAAUGAGAAUGAAGAUUUGGGGAAUGUAGAAUCUAGUGAAAGUGAAGAUGUCAAUGUUAAAUGUGGACAUCUAAAUAUUUAUGACCCUAGUAAUUGGGACAAGAUUGAUCAAAAUUUAAGAGAUUUAUUAGUUGAAAGAGGUCCUAUAAGAAGUAAUGGUGUGAAUUUUCCCCUAGAUGACAAAGAUAGGCAUUUUUCUUCUACAUUUUACAUGCGACAGAUACAAAAUGGAGAGAAACAGGAUAGGAAGUGGCUAGUAUAUUCAGAUGCUUCAGACAAAAUUCAUGAAGAACAAAUGUCUCUUGUGAUAAGAUGUGUAGAUGUUUCAACUAGUCCGGUAAAGGUAGAAGAAUUCUUUUUAGAAUUUUUGAAGGUGGAUAAUACAUCGAGGUUGGGACUUUUUAAUGUACUUAAAGAGGCAUUGCACACACUCCAACUUGAUAUUGGUGAUAUAAGAGGGCAAGGAUAUGAUAAUGGCUCUAAUAUGAAAGGGAGACACAAAGGCGAAAGUCAUAUUGAAAGUGCUAAAGCUAUACGGUACCAAGCUCCACAAAUAAGAGAUGCUUUAAUUCAGUUGGAAAAAGAAUCUGAUGUGCCCAAUACAAAGUGUGAAGCUCAAUCCUUAGUUACAUCUGAAAUUGAGAAUUUUGAGUUUUUGCUUGGCAUGAUUGUCUGGCACAAUCUGUUAUUUGCAGUCAACUCUGUUAGUAAGACAUUUCAAGCUGAAGAAACGCAUAUUGAUGUUGCUAUACAUCAAUUAAAAGGACUCAUUACAUUUCUUGAAAAGUAUAGAGAAAUUGAAUUUUUGGAGGCCAUGAUUGCAGCUAAAGAAGUUGCAACUGAAAUGGAGAUUGAACCUAUAGUUUGUGAAAGGCGUGUCAUUCAUAGAAAAAAACAGUUUGAUGAGAAUGUUAGUGAAGAGGUUGCACAAUUAGCUGAAGAAUCCUUUAGAGAUCAAUUCCGUUGA